CCUCUCUUCUUAUGUAAAGUCUCUUCCUCAAUACUCACGAAAUCUAAGCUUUGAAAGGGGUUUUCAAUUUCAUGUCUGUUGGUUAAUUGAUAUUAUGCAGGCGGCGAGUUCGAAUUCGAGCGGCGGCGAUCUGUGUAAGAAAAUGGAUAUGGAUCGGAUCAAGGGUCCGUGGAGCCCCGAGGAAGACGACCUGUUGCAGCAGCUGGUGCAGAAGCACGGCCCCAGGAACUGGUCGCUUAUCAGCAAAUCGAUACCGGGGAGGUCCGGCAAGAGCUGCCGUCUCCGGUGGUGCAACCAGCUCUCGCCGCAGGUGGAGCACCGCGCCUUUACGCCGGAGGAAGACGAGACCAUCGUCCGGGCGCACGCCAAGUUCGGGAACAAAUGGGCCACCAUAGCCCGCCUCCUCGCCGGCCGGACGGACAACGCCAUUAAAAAUCAUUGGAACUCCACCCUCAAGCGGAAGUGCUCCUCCCUCAGCUCCGACGAGGCUCUCGUCGGCGCCGGCGGCGAUAACAUUGACUGCGGGACACAACCCGACCGCCCUCUUAAGAGAUCCGUCAGCGCCGGGUCUGGGUUACCCGGGUCGGGCCUGUAUUUGGCCCCCGGAAGCCCAUCCGGGUCCGACGUCAGCGAUUCCAGCCUACCGGCUAUGUCCGGUCCGUUCGUGUAUAAACCAGUGGCGAGAACCGGCGCCGUCCUGCCGAGUCAGAUCGAAACGGCGUCGUCUUUGAAUGAUCCGCCGACGAGCCUCAGCCUUUCUCUUCCGGGGGCGGAGUCAACGCCGGAGUCGGCGAAUCACAAAAUUGAUUCGUCUCAAGAGAAGGCUAACAAUCCCAUCCAAAUCCGGUCCACGCCGCCGCCUCCGCCAUCGGCGGGGCAAGCACAGCAGCCGGAGCCGAUGAGGAUUCCGAUUCCGGCGACGGCGCCGGCGCAGCAAGACAAGGUUUUUACGCCGUUCAGCGCGGAAUUGAUGGCGGUGAUGCAGGAGAUGAUUCGAACAGAGGUGAGGAAUUACAUGAUGGGAUUAGAGCAGCAACGAUAUCAACAACAGCAGCAGCAGCAACAACAACAGUACAUUCAGCUUCAGAUUCAGCAACAACAACAACAACACUACAAUCAGCAGCAGCAGCAGCAGCAGAAGAAGCACAAUCAGAUGGGGCUGUGUAUGCAGCAAGCUAAUAUCAAUGAGCAAUUCAGGAAUGCCGCGAUGAAGCGGAUUGGAAUCAACAGGAUUGAUUGAUUGAUUCAUUCAUUCGUUGAUUAAUUGAAUCAAUCAUCUUAUGCUGGCGGAGAACGGUAAAUUGGAGAUAGGAUGAUGAAGAUGAUGGAAGAAGAAACAAUCCCUGUUUCUUGGUUAAUCCAGACCUUUUCUAUUAAGUUAUAUAUAUAUAUAUCUAUAUAUAAGAAAAAUGAAAAUGGAGAAUAAUUCUGGUGAUGUACGAUGAGGGAAGGGAAGGGAAGGAGCUGUGAAAGCUUGCAUCUUUUGUUUCUGGAGAAUCAAUCCAGCCAUCCAUCUCGAGAGGGAAAGAAAUGAAAAAAAAAAAAAAAAAAAAAAAGUGUAAACAAGAAA